AUGCGCUCCUUCGCACGCACCCUGGCCGUCCUCGCUCCGGCCCUGGCCCUGGCCCUGACCCUGGCCAUCCCUGUCGAGACCACGACCAUCGGCACGUAUCCUCUUCGCACGUUCGAGCCGGCGACCGCCCCGUCCCGCAUAGCCGCAAAGGGUGCCGUGGCCCUCGCCUGCAACCCGGAAAAGAAACCGCUCGAGGGCAGGACCGACCCCAAGCAGCCGAGCACGCAAAUCAUUCCGCCGCCCAAGAAGCCCAGCCCCAAGAAGCCGAGCACGCAAAGCAUUCCACUGCCCAAGGCUCCCCGCCCCAAGAAGCCGAAUACACAUGGCAUGCCCCUGCCCAAGACGAGUGAUGGAGCCAGAAACGUGUCGGACCUCGUCCCACGUCCUUUGGUAGUGGUAUUCUUGACGCCUCUCCUUCUGUCGCGGCUCGCUUCCGUUGCCGUGUUGGGAUUAGCAUUCUCCGGUCUUCUUUGCUUUCCUUUGGCGGCUUUUCUCAGCGUUUUCCUCCAAAUCUACGCCGUCCUUUGA